GUCAACGGUCAGACUCCGAAAUCACCUGUCAGACGAAGUUGCGUGACACUCGGUGCGAAUUGAAUCGAUCCGGCAAGCCGGGAGAGAACAGCCAAGUGUCUUGCAAUAACUUUCAGAGAUUAAAUCCUCGACGUGUGUGUAAAUCAUGAUCGGCAAGGAACGUCCCUGAACGGUAUUACAAAUCUGUUUCAACUACGUGCACCAAGCACAGACCAUUUCGUUGGGCAAUUAUCCUCAUCUCGCGAACAGUUCUGAUAAACGCGCCGGAAGCGCACAGGGUCAGUCAACAAUGCAAAGCGUUAUAAAUUCGGUAAAAGGCACCGCACUGGGCGUUGCUGAAUAUCUGACGCCAGUGUUGAAGGAGAGUAAAUUUCGAGAAACGGGUGUUUUGACGCCGGAGGAAUUUGUAGCAGCUGGGGAUCACUUGGUGCACCAUUGCCCCACGUGGCAGUGGGCCACUGGUGAUGAGGACAGAGCAAAAUCUUAUUUACCAAAGGGCAAGCAGUUUUUGCUGACGCGCAAUGUUCCUUGUACACGCCGAUGUAAACAGAUGGAGUAUAGCAACGAGCAAGAAUGUAUUAUAGAAGCGGACGAUCCUGAAGGUGGUUGGGUAGACACUCAUCAUUACGCCACCAGUAUCGCUGGCCUAGAUGAGAGAGUGACGGAAAUGUCAUUGGAAGAAACAUUAGAGGAGCCAUCUAAGGGCCAGGACAAUGUGGAAGAGGAUGAUGACGAUGAGGAUGCUGCCGAUAUGGAGGCUUUCGAAAUCAGUGGAAUGCUGGAUGAGCAGGAUAAGCAUGCGGCGACGGAAAGCACGAAGAAACCCAGCCAAGAAAAACGGGACUCGUUCACGGAGGGGGAGAUUAUUCGCACGCGCACCUAUGACCUGUACAUUACAUACGAUAAAUAUUAUCAAACGCCUAGAUUAUGGUUGUACGGAUACAAUGAGAACCGAAAACCGCUCAGUGUGGAAGAGAUGUACGAGGAUGUUAGUCAAGAUCAUGCAAAGAAAACAGUCACGAUGGAGAGUCAUCCACACAUACCAGGUCCACCUAUGGCUUCCGUUCAUCCGUGCAGACACGCGGAAGUGAUGAAGAAAAUCAUGGAGACUGUGAUGGAGGGCGGUGGAGAAUUGGGAGUGCACAUGUAUCUCAUAAUAUUCUUGAAGUUCGUCCAGUCCGUUAUACCAACGAUCGAAUAUGACUAUACGCAGAAUUUUAUGUUAAACACAGUGAACUAAGCAAAUUAUUAUUAUCAAGAUGCUAGUAUUGUAUUGUGAUUAAUAUAAAAUUGCUUACAGAAACAUAUUUAUGAGAAUGUGCGGGAUAUAUGUAUCGAUGUUUACUAUGCUCUCCGUCGUGUGAAAAUCGUAACGACAUUCGUGGUGUCUCAAAUUGUAAGGAUUCAGAAGCGAUUGCAUAUAUCUUGAGUUUGGGGAAUCAUGAUUUAGAUAGAAUUCGAGAGAAUUUGUUAUCCGACAUAAUACGAACAUCUCCAUUCCCGGGGAUCCAAAGAAUCGCAAUGAAUUAAUAAUUCAUAUAUAUUUCUUAGUAAUUUUAAGUAAAUUUUAAGUAACAGACACUCCACUACGUAGAAGACUUCUUAUAUUGCAAACUAAGUUCAGCACUUAUUAUUUAAACUGACAAGCGUCAGACAAUAAACAAGAAACAAAGGCUACACCAAGAGCAACGAAAAACUAAACGGAAAAAAA